AUGGGGCAAGAACUGCUUCGAGGUCCGACACUCGCGUCCAGUCCAUCCAAAUCACAAUCGUCGGGAUCAAAUUCGGACGCCGAUUCGGCGAUCGGUGAACCACGUCGACCAGGCACACGGCAAUCCAAGCCAAGAUCAAGGAAUGGAUGCUGGACAUGUCGGCAGAGAAAAGUCAAAUGUGACGAGGUUCGACCGGUCUGCGCAUCGUGUAGUCGGUUAGGGAAAGAUUGCGAAUGGGGCCAGAGAUGGAAGUUUGACGAUUUGAGUAUGCGCACGCGGCGGAGACACAAGCACGUAUCAGUCACUGGAAGUCCGUCAUGGGAUGAGAAGAAUCAAGCACGCAUGAUGGCUCGUCAGCUUUAUACCAGGCAUCAGCCUACACUUCCAGCAUUCACCGAGCUCAGCAAUGAAGAUGAAAGAGAAAGAAAAGCACUGACACAACCUCCUGGUACCUUCAAUGUCAUUCUUACACCGGAUAGCUUUGGUCGAUUACCAGAAUAUGGUGGACUGAUCAGGCGGUAUCGAAGCGGAAGCGGAUGUUCCAAAUAUGGCUUCUCAGAAGACCCUAACCUUGUCGUUCUUGCCGAAUUCGAAGAUACACCUUACUUCAUGGCUCUUCCCGAACGCAACCCUUCUUUUGCAGCUUACCCAACUCCGACCUCUUCCGCAUCUUCAAUCCCACGCGACCUUGCCAACUAUGGAACCACAGACAUUGACGAAGUCAUGGCACACUAUAGAGAGUUCAUCUCCAAAAGGAUGAUGCCUCUUGGAUCAAGAUUUAGACUCAGCGAGUGCGGUCACGACGAUGUCAUUGUCGUAGAAGCACGAUCCUUCCCACCUUUGUAUCACGCAAUCUGCGCCAUCACGUUACUGAGUCUGGCGCUCAAAGGACAACGACAUCUCCUCGCAGGAGCCUUUCAACAUUACCAACAAGCCAUUUCAGCAUGCAUGUCAAGUACAGCCAUUUCGAAGGGCUCUCUAAUAUAUCUUCACUUCAUUCUUCUCUUAUACGACAUUUGUUGUGCAACACAGAACUGUUCUCCAGACGGAAUCAUGUGGUCACAACACUUUCAACAACUCGCACGUCUAGCAUACGCCGGAGACGACUUCGAGUUCAAUGAGCUACAAGCCUACAUCCUUUGGUAUACCCUAUUCUUGGAUGCACAGUCUUGUCUUUCUGGAAAUCCGGAGUCUGGAUUCUUCGUCCGAGCAUACCUGUCGAAUGGCUCGACUCUACCGACUUGGCGUAAACCAGAAGGCUCGACCCAACAGCCUAACCUUGAGAUAGCGGGUCUAUCCGCUGUUACCGAUCUCAGCAAAUACAUGUGUGGACGCUUUGCUCAAUUGAGUCAGUUGGCAUUGCAGAUGCGAGAAGAUGUUGAAGCUGGUCGUGGUAGCAUCACAGAACAUCAGAACACUGUAGUGACAUUCAGAAACGAAAUGUACUCGAAUUGGAGCCUGAAAUACCCGGCCUUCCUGCCUCGAGACUCACCAGAAGCUGGAACAAGACUGCCGACCCUUGCGCGGACAGUGUUUGAUUUUGCAUCUCUUCAAUAUUCUACCGCCAUGGUAUAUUUGCACACAAGCAUGUAUAAUGGUCAGCGUAACCACCUAUCUUCUACCCAACGCAAGGAAGUUGCCAACCAUUGUCGCCACAUUCUCUCCAUGGCUGCACUGGUGGUUGCCGAAAAGGGCACUGAACAACACAACCUCAUCUUCUCUAUCUUCUUGGCUGGUGUCAAUAGUGCGAAUGACCACGACAAGAACCGUGCCAUUGGUCUCAUCCGUGCAAUGGAAGGUACAGGCAUCAGCUGCAAUGUUACAAAAUCUCGCGAGCUGCUCGAAACAAUGUGUGUGGAGCAGAGAGAACGAAUUCAAUUUGGUGGCAAUGCCUCUGAUAUUGACUGGGUAUCUUUUGCUAAAGAACGUGGCAUUAGACUUGUCAACAUGGGGCUUUGA